AUGGAUCGCCUUUCGAAGGCUCUAAAUGUUUUGCAGGCAACUAAGAAGUCGGACUGGGUCGUUACGUCCAGCAGAAAGACGGAAGUUUGCGGAAAAGAGCAUGCGGCUUUCUCAGAUAUCAAAAAUGUUCUCUUUCGAUCUGAAGUCUGGAAGGAUCCGAAAUACAACGACGAGUUCAAUCGUGCAGUGAAAAUUUUGUUUGAAUAUAUCAAUCAUCGAAACAGUGACCUUCGUAUGUUAAGUGAACAAACAAUGGAUUCGGUGCUAAGGCAUUUGGCUAUUGAUAUGAAUACUUCACGGGUUAUUGUUGUAUUAAUGUCAGAAAUUAGACGGAAUGGACCUUCACGAUCACUUGUUUUUGCGUUUUCGCGGCUGCCGGAUGCUCUAAAAUAUGUAAAAAUAAAUCGUUCACGGGCUAUAGGGAUGCAUCUAGUUUCUGCUCUUCCAAAAAUCUUGAUUCGUUCAGAAGAAGUUGUGCAGAGUGCUUUGGAAAAAUAUCUUCCUCCGGUUUUUGCAUUCCUUGGUUCGGAUUUUGCUACACAACCAAAUGAUAAUAUAUUGAAACUCUAUGAAGCAGCACUUUCUAAUUUGGAGUUGCCAGGUGUAACGAAUCGGGCAGCUGCUGUCGUCAUAUGUCAAUUGGCUACUUAUGCUGAAGUUAUACGCAGAAAAGUUUUUCUACAUUUCCUUAAAGUGUUAUCUAAAGCAACUGAACAGCAAAAUAAAAACUUGCUAGUUGGAACGUUGAAUUCAUUGCGCCUACUGUGGCCUCUUUAUUUGUUGAGGAACAACAGUGAAUAUGAUUUGGAUAGUCUGCAAAGUAUUAUUCAUGGCUCACUACGUUGUCUUUUUUCGCCUCACAAUGAAAUCGUGGUUGCUUCAUUGGAAUUUCUCGAAAAAGUGGUUUCAUCUCCACUCAUUGCCCUUGACGUAGAGUCAUUUUAUCCACAACAAUCAUACACUUUAAAAUCUGAUGUGGAAGAACAGGAUAUUACUGUGCCGAUAAGCUUCCCUUCUUCUCAUGCUACCAGUUGUAUGAGUUCACUGAGAGCUAGUCCUGUAAAUUUCUUUUUUGGUAGAAUAUCUUCUGAAGCAGUGGAUUUAGUUGACAGCAGUGUUCAGCCUUCAUUCAGCUUACCUUUAAGUGCGAAUUCUUCGAGCUCAAAGAUGCAGAACGAGUCAUGUUCGGAAAGUGGCAUGGAUAUUAUUGAUCCAUUAAGACAUUUAGAAAUAUCCGGUGAUCUAACCGUUCGGUGUUCUAGUUCAUCAGAAGAAUCGUUACCUGAAUUGACACCAACGUCAUCUACUCCGAUACCUGAAUAUUUGCCUGUAGAUAUAUCAUUUGGGCCAUUUCUCACAUAUACAGCUGUACUUCUGGCAAAACGAUUUUUAUUAAGUGGACAGUGCUUUAAAUUGUUGGCUGAUAGCGAAGUUCGUGUAAGCCACAAAAUUUUGGCAAUGUCUUGUUUGGGCAAUCUUGCUUUAUAUUUGCCGAAAUUUGCAGAUAUAACUCUUCAGCCAAAGGGUGGUUUGGGCAUACAAACAUUGAAGGACCUUCAACUUUAUCUAAAUCACGAAGAUGAUCAGUUAAAAGCUGCAACAAUCAUUGUGUUCGUAAAUGCUGAAAAAUGCCGAUUCCGAACUUUGGGUGAACAGUUCCAUGAAUUUCGUUGCUCAUUCAUUUCGUUUGUAUAUGAUGCGAUUCGCAUUCGUCGUGCUCACUGCAGUCGCUCGUUGCUCAUAGCUCUAAAAUCUGCAAAAAAACUGGUUUAUCAAACUGGUAUUGUAUACGAUGUUGCAAAGUUUGCUUGUGAAAAUUAUAGGGAUAACUAUUUUUUGCUGCGGAUAGCUGUAGUGGAAUAUCUAGCAAAUAUCGAGUGGGCAUAUGCAAACUCGUUUGCUACUCAUCUCCCUGAUGAAAUUUUUGAGAUAUAUAUGCAUUUGCUUGCUGAUGACGACCAACGAGUGAGGAAUGCUGCGGCAAAGCAUCUUCCUUUACUAACUGAAAACGCGAACUACAGUUCAACACCGAAUAACUUCACAAUGGAAGAACCUGCCGAUUACCUUUGCUGGGAUUUUCCUAAAAAUCCUCUGACUGUUGGUAUGAGUCCGUAUUACGAUUUCUUGCAGCAACCAUUUAAUUUUAUAACCGCGGACAAUCUUUCUUUUGUACUUAGAAAGAUGUUCUAUAUUUUAACGACAAGUGCGAACGAAAAACAGCAGGCAGGCAUUGCUGCUGGGUUGUUUCAACUGUUAUGUUGUUUCAAGUCUAGACAUUAUGCACAAGCCUGGGGAUUCGAAUCGAAUAUUGAUAGUUCAAGGACUGGUUUAAUUAUUGCCUUAAUUUCGAAAUGUAACUGUUGCUGCACAGAUAUGCAAACUUUCAUACAGUUUCUGAAUAUCGCAACGCAUAUGACUGCAGGCCUAAUAACAGUCGAUACCAUGAAGGCUGCUGAUAAAAGUAAUGAUAUGGUGCCGAAAUUUCCUAAAUAUUCUGUAUAUGAACAGCUUAUUCUAUUGCAGUUGAGGGUUAUUAAUUUGUAUUACUCUUUGAUAAUCGAUCAUCGGCAACAAACUGCUUGUUCUUUUUUGCGGCCUUCACCACUUUCACCCGUUCGUAAAGCACUUCCCGUUAGCACUAACAGUGUAGCAUCAUGGGAACAACGAAUUGCUGCGAUUUCAUCAUUUACUGGUAUUGGCAUCAAAAUGUCUAGAAAUACAAGCUUCCUGCAAUCUCCUAGUCUUAUUCAUUUCGCUGAUUCAUUAAAGGGUGGUUAUCUAAAUUAUAUGAAUACUUUGGCGUUUGAUGCAUCUGAGCGUUUCACAGCGUUGUUGAUUUCAGCACUAAAUUGUUUAGCUUGUACAUUAGAAGUGAUGCAACUCCAACAGGUUGCGGACAUUCUUGAAGAGAUUUUAUUGUACUGUCAAACUGUUAUCGAGGUCGUCCCAGAUGGGAGUAUUCGAGUUGCAAUGCAGCUAUUUAAAAUAUUAUUUGGAAGUAAUGUUGCAAAUUUGUCUCUAGAUGCAUUGAGGAAUUUGAAAUUAAAUAAUGUUAGCCAUCCCAAAGAUAUCUUUGAGAUUUGCGUGUUGAGAAGUGCAAAUUUUUUCACUGAAUUUAUUGUCAAUACAAGUCGCAUUGAAUAUGACGAAGUACAGCUUGCGAGGUGUGCUGGUUGGUUUCGAAAAGACCUGAUUUCUAAAGAUGGAAUCCCAACAAGCAUGGAAAUUACUUCGCACGUGACUAUGUUUGAGUCGUAUGUAUCAUUGACAAUUCACUUAUAUCAGUCAACAAAUUUCGUGGAUGUACAGUGCUCGGUAUUGGAUCUCUUAUGUGUACUUGUUCGAGGUGGAAUAAACUAUUCUAUGCUGGAUCCGGAAACUCAUUUGCUUAAUUUCGUCAUUGAACAAGUGAAUGAGAUUUGUACCGGGAAUUGGCCGGCUGCGUGUGCUGAGAAAUUGCUAAAUUCAGUAUUUAAUUAUUUCUUGUCGCUUUCCCAUACUGAAAGUCGAGGACAAGUGAUCAUGGGAUUGGAUAGAAUCCACUCAUUUGUGGAACUCUUAAUCAAAGCUUGUAAUACGCGACCAUAUUUGACUCCAUGUGCUUUAAACUGCCUUCAAAUAGUAUUGAUUGAUUGCGUAAGCAUGCGACUUUCUUUUGAUGUUACACUUCUGAAGAUAUUGCAAACGACUGACCAAUUAGCAACAGUUUGUCCGACAAGAGUUCUUCAGCUCUGGACUCUUGUUGCUUUCAGUUCUCAUAUUAGCGGAGACACACAAAGCUGGGCAAAAACAUCUUUAUCCCUAUUUGAAAGCUUGCAGCAGUUACAUACAGGAAAUUGGGAUUUUACUACUGCGUUCAAUGCAAUCAUUUUACUGCGGUCAUGUUGUGCUGCAAUUACUCGACCGAUGGACUCUUUUUUCAAAAAAAUGAUCAGCAUUUUAGAAGAUGAUUUGCACUGUUUUUCUCGACUGGUAGUCGUUCUUCCAUAUUUAUUCAUAUUCCUAUGCGUUUUGAAGGAAGAUUCAGCUCUUACAAUAAUCGAUCAAAUAUGUGACCGUGCCAUUGAAAAGAUUGGGCGUUUGUUAAUGAUCUUACUUGGUCAAUGUCUGGAAGCUUUACGACAAGUAACUUCUUUGGAUAGUGUUAGUGAAGAAAACAGUGAAAAUUUGGUGGUUUGGUAUCUUUUAAUUUUAUCUCACGCUGUUCGUUCAGGUAAUAUGAAAUCCAUCACAAAUACAUUUGAUGCACAUUUUUCAACAAAUUUUGCUGAUUUACAAAGUUUAUCGAUGUUUUAUCCACGUGCUUGCGCACAACUAUUUGCAUUUAUUGACACUGCUGGUUUUCAUAGAUAUAAACAAUUGUUUUAUUCUUCUUCUUCAAAACAGUUAGGCGAUUUGUGUAUGAUAACGCGAUGUCGAACAGCAGGCCCAGAUGGAGCUGCCGAUAUUGCACGUUUAUUUGAUUUUUGCUCUCCAAAUAUUUUGUUGACUAUCGUGACACGUAGGUGGCUUGCAUGUCAUAUAAGUGAUCUAGACAGUGAAAUACAGAAAACUUUACUGGAAAGUGUUAUCAAUCUCAGCAAAAAUUUUUGCUCUUGUGCUGUUGAUUUGGAUGUUAUUGAGCUUAUCGCAUCUGCUAACGUCCCAGAAACAUCCAUCGAGUUUUUGAAAAAUAAAUUUGGUGAGUCUAGAGUACUGGACUGUUUGAUGGUUCUUCUUCGUGAUCAUCAGAGUAAAAAUGUUGCGUUGAAAACUUUAUUGACACAUUUCAUGACAUCGGAACAAUUCGUUACUGGCUUCUUAUUUAAAUGCUCCGAAGAAACACCAAAGUUAGGUGACAAGAAGCACAAUCUACGAAUUGAUGACCCGUCGCAGUUUACUACAGAAGUUUUUGCUAAUAUACUUCAACAAAUUAUUAGCAGAAAAAGUCAGUACGAAUGCAAGAGAUACGAUGUACUGUCCAGCUUUAUUGAUAUGUUGGACCAAUUUAAAAUUGCUAAAGAAUGUUCCGGUGAAUUAUACGACGAACUCUCCACAUCUUCCUUGCUGAAAAUUGAUGCAUUAUCGGCUUCAUUUGUUUCACUUGCAUUCGAUUCAACCGUUGAUUCUUCUUUGCAGCUUUUUGUUCAAAGUAGAAUUGCAGAUAAACCUGAAAGUAUCACCUAUAAAAAAGCAUCUGAUUGGGUGACCGGAAAUUUGGUAUUCGACCAUUGGAUACAGCGCUAUAUCGAUUCUCUUGCCGCACAGAGUGGAUCAAGAACAUCAGAAGUAGCCUGUGCAGUUGCUUUUGGAAUUACUAGGCACUCCUUUCGUGCAACAAUUGACCAAGCUCAAAACUCGAAGAAAAUUGUAGAGCAGCAGCUGUCUUUGGCUGUUAGCGUCUCUCGAUUGGUUCAAUACGUUUUUGAACAGUGUAAUAUUUCGCCUUACCAGGGAUUGCAAAAAUUGAGUGAUCCUUUUUGGAAUAUGAAAAUAAUCGAUCGGACUGGAAAGAAAGAUUUUGAUAUAGGUUUUUUUUCUGAUGCUAUACGAACUGCCUUUGAUGUAACACAAAAGAUUCAAGAAAUUUUUCGUAAGAAACAUCGUAAAACUCGCUUGUACUGUCAGUUGGAAAGGCUAGCAAAGGCCGUGUCAAGAUUACCAUUUUUGAAUGAUAUUUCAUGUAUACCACGAUCAGCAAUUUUGUGUGGUUGGAAACCAGAACCAGAAAUUCAUCCUGCAUCGAUUUCGAUACCGACAGUGAAUAUUCAUUACCUUGGGAAUGUAGAUAUUUUGCAAGAUUUUGUGUGGCGAAUUUUAUGGGCUGGAUGGAAUCGCCGCUCAAAUUUUGAUAAUUUUUCUAUGUCUUUGUUUGGUGUAAUUUCGUCGACUCCGUCUGGCUCUGAACUUGCAAAUGCUAAUAUGAAUAUGACAGAGCAGCUUAUGGCUAGCACCAUCGCUAUUGAAGGCUUAACGAACCUAUUACUCGAAACAUUGUUAUAUCCGGAAAGAGGUGAUCCAACUACAGGAAGGUUCAUUGUGAAACCGCGUGAUGUGUCGUCAGAUUUUCUUUCAUCAUCAUAUGGACAACGUUUAACUAUGCUUCAAGCGAAACUGUUGGGUGCUGCCACAGCAGAUUCCAUACAUAAGAAAAACUUAGAAACUCUAAAUGAUCGAGGGAAAAAGUAUCGGCCAGGACAAUUUUCCGUACUUACAUCGUGGAAUAUGGCUGGUGUUCUGGAUCAAGAGCGCAAUUUAUACAGUGAUAUCAUGCAGAUCAGUAGUCAGUCGAAAGAAGUGCGCUUUUAUCGGUUGCCUUCAUCAGACAGCAGCUAUUUAUUGAACAGUGGCCAUGAUACUACAUACGAAUCAUGUUUGCGGAUGCUUUUUGAUACUUAUUCACACUGGUUUCGUACUGGUAUAGAUGCUGUUCCAUUACCUCUCCUAUCAGCAACUCUUAAGUCGAUGUCUUUGUUGUCUGAUUUGUUUACGGAAAUGGAUCAGUAUCGUUUUGUGUUUGGACAUAUGAAAACAUUAUUUUCUAUUCGUUCAUAUCUAGAUAAUGUAGACAUUGGCAAUAUUAUUUAUUCACUACUGAAAUGCGUUUCGAUUCUUGGCAUUGAAGAUUCGUUUGUAUCCAAGAUUGAUGCACAAAAAAUAGUUCUAACAUGGGUUGAAACUGGCCUUACUUCGGAAUUUACUGAAAUUCGGAUCAGAACUCUUCAAGGAUGUCUCUUUCUACUACAAGCAAUUUGUUUCGAUGAAUUAAAGACUGUAUUUCUUUUCCUGGAAUCAUUUCUGAUGAAUUAUUCGCAGAUGAGCUGGGAAGCUGAUCAAGUAUUUUGUUUUCUUCAGAUGAUAUGUGAAAAGUUUGUCGCACUUGCAACCCCUAGUUGGUUAAUGAAUUUAAUAUGUGUGGGUAUUGAAAAACUAAUUGUUGGUUCUCGAAUAUAUGUGCUUACCUUCAGUCGUAUUGCCGUUCAAGCACUGGAAAAUUAUUUCUAUGCACCACAAAAAUUUUUGUACGCACUUCGCAUCUUCAUUGCAUGCUUAUAUCGAGGCUUAGAAGAAGGAAGAGUACAACAUUUGGGCACUCAGCCGUAUGAUCCACAUAUUCAUCUUAUGGAACAACAUGCAAUGAUAUUCAAGAUACUGGCAGAAGGUGCCGAGGAUGAUGCAUCACAGUUAAUAAAGGUAUUGCCGUAUUUAUUAAUAGAUUCGUUGAAUCAAAGUGAGCUUAUAAACAGCAUUCUGAAAGAACUAAUCCACCGAUAUACCAGUCUCCCUCAUCCACGUUCUGCUGCCAUUUUUAGGAUUAUUCAUCAUUGGUUUAUCGUGCUUCAUAGGCGUGAAACUGAGAGUGUUGUAUUGGAAUGGACUUUAAAUGGUUUAGAUUCUUUCAAGUACGUAACCGAUCCUACAUUAUUCCGAUUUUACGUCAGUGCAUUUCUGUGUUCAUCAUCACCAAAUCCGUGCAUCGCCAAUUUGUUUUAUCUUGUCAUUGGACGUACAUCAAAUUUAGCGUGGUCUGAUGAUUUCUUGUUUGAAUUUUCAGUGCGAUCUUUGCUUUUAAGGAUGAAGAAAGAUGCAAGAAAUGAGUUAAAAUUAUCAAUGGAGAAGUUUGUAUUAAAUGGAAAAACAUGCCGAGACCCGCGAAGAAUAGCCUUUUUUCCACAACUGUAA